ACGACCAAGAGCAUAAAAAAAUGUCAGCUGGAGAUAGAUACUCGCCACGUCUCUCACCAGAAGAUGUAAGAGAAGAUUACGAUUAUGAUAGGGAGAGAGAUAUACGAUCAAGAGACAGAUCUAGGGAAAGACACGACAGACGCAGAUCAAAUUAUGAUGACAGACGCGACAGAGACGAUAGAAGAGAAGACCGUAGUCAUCGUAGGAGACGCUCAAGAUCACGUCAAAGGGGUAGAUACGAGCGUCCACGUAGAGAACGCUCACCUGAGAUUCCUAUUGAAGACAACGUAGAUAGUUUAGAAUCUGAGCAGCGUAGCGUAUUUGUUAGUCAACUCUCUACGCGUACUAAUAGCUCAGAUUUGAGGAGAUUUUUCCAAGAUAGAUUGGGUGAAAGGUCCAUAGUUGACGCUAGGAUUGUUAUGGACAAAAACUCACGUAGAUCUAAAGGUAUCGGAUAUGUUGAAGUUAAAACCGCAAGUUUAAUUGACAAGGCUUUGGAAUUAACGGGCGAAUUAUUAAAUGGUAUUCCUAUGAUUGUCACACAAUCUGAAGCUGAUAAAAAUAGACAAGCUAAGGCUAGUAGUAGCUUACAGACACAAUCUGUUCAAGCAGAGGAAGUUAGAAGAUCUACAAAAAGUAGGGAUUAUGAUAACAGAAGCUCAACUAUCAACCCAGCUAAUGAUCCAACACUCUAUAAGGUUUACGUUGGUAGCUUAAGCUAUACACUCAAAGAGUACGAUGUUAGAAGUGUAUUUGAGCCAUUUGGUGAAAUUGAAGACGUUGAAUUAUCUGUAGAUGAUCAAAACAGGUCCAAAGGUUAUGCUUACGUCAAGUACAAGAGAAUGGAAGAUAGUCGAAUGGCAUGUGAGCAAAUGAACAGAUUUGAACUUGCAGGUAGGACACUUAAAGUACAGUUAGUAAAUUACUAUGGUGAUCCAGUCAGAAUGCCUGAGCAAAGUAUUGAAAAUGAAGGAUUAAACCUUAAUAGUGUGAGUAGACACGAGUUGAUGAAGACGUUAAUGAGAUCACAUGAUCCAAAUGCUCAAUUUGAGCAAGAGUUGGCUGCAAGAGAGAAAGAAAAGAAGGUCCAAGAGAGAAUGAAAACCAAGGGUGUUUUAUUAAAGUACAUGUUCAAAGCUUCAGAAGAAACCGAGGCAGGUUGGGAGAAAGAAUUAGCAGAAGAUGUUAAAACUGAAUGCGAGAAUAAAUAUGGCAAAGUACAAGAAAUUGGAGUUGAUAAAGAAAGUGAAGAAGGCGAAAUAGUAGUCAAGUUUUAUACAAUUGAGAGUGCUGAGGAUGCCAUUAAUGGAUUGAAUGGAAGGUGGUUCGGUGGUAGACAAGUGAAAGCGGUGAACAUAGCUGAUAAGUUUUUGGAAAUGAAAUUAAGUGUACUUAAUUGAUUUCUUAAUUGAUAGAAGCUUAUUAAGGAUGUCGUCAUCGUCGAUGCUUAAAGUUGUGUUGAUAUCUUCAAAUGAGUUCAGUCUUUUUAUUUGAUAAUUAAUUAAUUUCUCCUUGUGAGCUAAUUCAAGUUCUAAACCCUGUAAAUCACUUAAUAAAGUUGUUUGACGUUCUGUGAGUACAUCUAUGAAAUAAUCUAAAUCGUAUUUAUUAUCAGUUGACUGUGAUAGUUCAAAAUCUCUUAAACCGUAAUCAUUGUCGAUGUUGUAUUCCACUCUACCUAAUCUCUUAGUGAACUGCUUAUUAAACUCUUUCUUUGAUUGCUUGAUAUAUAUAUCAUUAGACUGAUUUGGUGGUAAAUAACUCGCGAUAUCAGUGUGAUCAACUAAUUGUAGUAAUAAGCUAUCGACUAGGUAACUUUUUAGUAUAUUUUUAUAAUUUAUUUCAUUUAUAUUUAUAUUUUUAGACAUAUUCGGUUC